UAUUUCAGCACGUAAAUAUUCAGUGGACUACACUAGGUGUCACAAGGGGUAGUCACAUGGCUGCCACCUAUGCAGAGAAUCAGUGUGAAUGUGAUAGCUCUGAAAGCAUGGUGAUACAGUGUCAUUUUUUUAUGUUGCUGAUUCAUACACCCAAGUGGCAUUGAGAUUGCUGACAUGAUUUUUCAAACUGGUGAACAACUCUUAGUAAAGUUCUGAAUAAAACAUAGAUUUAUAGUAUGGUUGUACUUUGGAAAAUUUGGGAUACAUUAAUAACUGGAAAAUAUGUUUUGUUUACAUAUUAAAUUCCAGCCUUAGAUAUAUUCAGUGGAAUGUUUGAAAUUCAUACAGGACAUGUGGCAGUUCUUUGCCAUAGUGGAUUGUUCCUUGACUUGCUGGACCUCUAGUGUCCCUGCCCCUUGCCCACUAAAUGCUAGUAGAACCUUCACCCCACUCCUUCCUGCAUCAAUCCCCAGAAUACCUCUGUAUACAGAGUGCCCUCUACCAUUGAGACCCACUAAUUUAAAAGUAUUCAGCUGCUUUAAUCUACUGCACAGCUGUAUGGCUCAUGGAAUUUUACAACUACAAUGUCCCUGGUAGAUUUGGGAAAGAAGCUUUUAGAAGCGGCACGAGCAGGUCAAGAUGAUGAAGUUCGUAUUUUGAUGGCAAAUGGAGCUCCUUUUACUACAGACUGGCUGGGCACUUCUCCACUCCACCUGGCAGCACAGUACGGGCAUUACUCCACCACAGAAGUGCUGCUUCGCGCUGGCGUAAGCAGGGAUGCCAGGACCAAAGUGGACCGAACUCCACUGCACAUGGCAGCUUCUGAGGGCCAUGCCAGCAUAGUAGAAGUUUUGCUUAAGCAUGGUGCUGAUGUCAAUGCAAAGGACAUGUUAAAGAUGACUGCUCUACAUUGGGCCACAGAACACAAUCAUCAAGAGGUGGUGGAGCUUUUAAUCAAAUAUGGUGCUGAUGUACACACACAAAGUAAAUUUUGUAAAACUGCAUUUGAUAUUUCAAUAGACAAUGGGAAUGAAGAUUUAGCAGAGAUAUUACAGAUUGCUAUGCAGAACCAAAUCAACACAAAUCCAGAGAGUCCUGACACUGUGACGAUACAUGCUGCAACGCCGCAGUUCAUCAUUGGACCUGGAGGGGUGGUCAACCUAACAGAUGAAACGGGUGUGUCUGCUGUUCAGUUUGGAAACUCCUCCACAUCAGUAUUAGCUACAUUAGCUGCCUUAGCUGAAGCGUCUGCUCCCUUGUCCAAUUCUUCAGAAACUCCAGUAGUGGCCACGGAGGAAGUAGUUACUGCAGAAUCUGUGGAUGGUGCAAUUCAGCAAGUGGUUAGUUCAGGAGGUCAGCAAGUCAUCACAAUAGUCACAGAUGGAAUUCAGCUUGGGAAUUUGCACUCCAUUCCAACCAGUGGGAUAGGUCAGCCCAUCAUUGUGACCAUGCCAGACGGACAACAAGUACUAACAGUACCAGCAACGGACAUUGCUGAAGAAACUGUUAUAAGUGAAGAACCACCAGCUAAGAGACAAUGUAUCGAAAUAAUUGAAAACCGGGUGGAAUCUGCAGAAAUAGAAGAGAGAGAAGCUCUUCAGAAACAGCUGGAUGAAGCAAAUCGAGAAGCCCAAAAGUAUCGACAGCAGCUUCUAAAGAAAGAACAGGAAGCAGAGGCCUACAGACAGAAAUUAGAAGCUAUGACUCGUCUUCAGACUAAUAAAGAAGCAGUUUAAUUGAAAUGAAUGUAUGGUUUGAGUUUGCUUUUGGUCAAGAGAGAAUACAAUCUUGAACUGUACACAAUACGGUGCAGUCACGGGAAGACAGGAUAAUAGAAGAGACUACAGAUUGGUAAUUGGACUUAAGCCAUGCAGUCUGAAUUCUUGUAACAUAAAACUAGAAGUUGUCAAAUGUAUUUAAAACUGAAUUCUGUAAAUAGUUUUUUUUUUCUUUUUUUUACAGUUCUAAAUGAGUUGGUAAAGAUUGUUGAAGAAAUCCAAAAACACAAUAAGCCACUGUUUUUGUGAAUUCUUUUUGAUUUUAGUAUGAACCUUUAUUUCUCAGAAACAGAACAGUUUUAAGGGUGAUCGGUGUUGAUUAGACCAAAUGUUGUGUAAUAAUUAUGUGGUGGACUGAUGCUGGAAUUACUCCUGUAGGUAUAAACUUCUAUAUGAAGAGAUUUCUCCCAGGAAAUCUUUGUACAGCUUUAAGUUGUCUCAGAUUCUCUGAAAACAUUUUUUAGAAAAUAAAUUUUUAUAUUUGUUCAACUUCAGCUAUACCCAAGUAGAUUUACAUGUAUAUGAAGCAAAUAUUUUUAAAACUUUGUGUUUGUACAUAUUCUGCAUGUUUUAUAAUUUCAGAUUGCAUCACUUGCAUAGGUAUUUUUCCCACAAAGAUGACAAAAGUUACUAAGGGGGCGAACCCUUUUAUUCUGUAGGAUCAUCUUAACUAAGUAAGCUAGCAGCUGGUUUUAUUGGAAUGAUAGUGUUCUUGGAAGGAGCAGCUUACAAGAUAACUUGAAUUAGCAAACUACAAAAAUCUAUGCUUUUUUGAAAAUUUCGUAGUGGGGACGUGAAACUGUAUUCUGUGCCUUCCAUCAUGAUUUCCACGUGAAAGCACUUUAAGGCAGUACAUUUUAAGAUAAUGUUUUUGGAAAACUCAGAGCAUAUGGGUUUCUGAAAUAUUUCAUGGAUUCAUUCCCCUCCCUUCUCCAAGAAAUUAUUCUUAUGGAAAAAAAUGAUUUUGUAUGUAGAACAAGAACUUUUUAUACUAUAGUGAUGCUAUAGAUAGGUCUACCAUAACUUUUACUUUUUCUCUAAAAGUCCUUUGUGCUGUGACUUGCUCUCAUCACAAUAUUGUUGAGUUCCACAAUGUAUGAACAUUAAACUCUGACAUAUUGUUCAUUCAUUUUUGUAAAAUGUAACUUCAAACCCUUUUUCUUGCUUCAUUUCUUGCAUUAAUGUUUUAUUGCUUUAUGAAAAUGUUUAACCCUAAGGCCCUUCUAGAUUACCUAUACUGUAAAAGAAGCAAUUACCCUUAAAACUGUACUCUGGCCUACUUUUCUAUUUUACAAUUAAAUAUCUUUUCCACAUAUAUUCAGUGUAGACUUAUAUUUUGACCACAUUUUAUUCACAAAGUAAAAUUUUUGUUCUGUGUAUUAAAGCCAUAUUCCACC